AUGUGGGACUUGUGGCUCGACAUCGUUGUAGAGAGUGAAUUGAUGGAAGAUGAUGAUGAUGAACCGAUGUUCUUUGGCCCACCUCGACCUCCGGCUUGGUUUCAUUGGGAGCCUGGCCACGGCGAGCCGCCAGUUUUCCCUGCUGGUCUUCUACCUAUUGGUAGUGAAUUUCAGGUGGAUGACCUCCUUUGGGACGGUGCGUCCCUGAUUCUUCCUCAGGGCCCCGUCCCUGAGCCACGUGAUGCCGAUGAUACAGCAGGUCCUUUCUGGGCUCCUGCCCCAGUGACCCUCCGUCAACAUCAUUUCCUCCCCAGAGAACAGCCGACACACAAUGAGGACGAACUCUUCCUGCAAACGCUAGAAGAUGACAUAACUACACACCAAGUCAUUGAUCCUCUGGACAAUCUCUUACUGGAUCGCCCCCCGUGGGCUCCUGACUUCUCUCUACCUCUUCGAGCGUCGAUCCGCGAUGUGGUAGAUUUGGUCGACUCCGAACCCUCUCUUCCUCCUCCAGGCUGGCAAACUGCGCUGACUCUCCUUCGUCCCUGGUUUCACGAAGCGCCGUGGAGAUUAGAGCCCGCGACCAAUAUUCCCGGUCACAUUGUCGGACGAGAAGAGCUUGUGUUGUGGAUUGAUGAUGCUGUGGAUGUUCUGAUCAGGCGAAACCGGACACUUUUGCAGUUUAUCAACUUUGAUAUCCGUCAGCAAAUGGCUGUUGCACCAGACGCGCCUCGACCGUGAGACACGGGUUGAGAAGCG